GCCUGGAGAAAGCUGUGGCACGAGCGCAGGGCUUCCCCCCUCCCGCGAGCGCACACACACACACACACACACACCGACAGCGGAGCGGACACACACACUCUGAGCCUCUCCUGACCAUCACCAGCACCACCAUGAACUACCUGCGCAGGCGUUUAUCGGAUAGCAGCUUUGUAGCCAACCUGCCCAAUGGCUACAUGAUGGACUUCCAGAGGCCCUCCGGCUCCAGCAGCUCCACCAGCUCCCCAGCCUCACCCGCCACAGAGAGGAGGCAGCAGCCUGCUCAGCCAGCCCAGCCCCAGGCCCCAGCUGCUGCCUCCGGCAGUUUCCUUAGCUCCUUCUCCAGCGUGGUGAAAACAGCUCAGAUAGCCAGCGCAGUACAAGCCAAAGCUGCAGCUCAUGGGGAGGCUGCCUCCGCUGCGCCAACAGCUAGUCCUGCUGCUCCAGCCAAACCUGCAGUCCGCAAACCCAAAGUGCUGUUAGUCAUCGAUGACGCACACACAGAUUGGGCGAAGUAUUUCCGAGGCAGGAAGCUGAAUGGAGAGUAUGAGAUCCGCGUGGAGCAGGCUGAGUUUUCAGAGGUCAACCUGGCAGCCAAUGUCAAUGCUGGGUGCACGGUCGACAUCCAGGUUACACGAGGAGGCACCAAAGUCGUCAGGUCUUUCAAGCCAGACUUUGUCCUGAUUCGCCAGCACGCCUUCAGUAUGACCCCAGGAGAGGACUUCAGAAGCCUUGUGAUUGGGCUGCAGUAUGGAGGCGUAGCUAGCAUCAACUCCCUGCACUCCAUCUACAAUUUCUGCAGCAAACCCUGGGUUUUUUCCCAUAUGAUCAAACUCUACCAUGCCUUGGGUCCAGAGAAGUUCCCACUGAAUGAGCAGACAUUUUUCCCCAACCACACACAGAUGCUGCCCACUCCAGUGUUCCCAGUUGUGGUGAAGAUGGGGCACGCCCAUGCAGGCAUGGGAAAGAUAAAGGUGGAGAGUCCGAACGAUUUUCAGGACAUCACCAGCGUGGUGGCUCUUGCCAAAACAUACGCAACAGCAGAGCCCUUUGUGGACUCCAAGUAUGACAUCCGGAUCCAGAAAAUUGGCAACAACUACAAAGCAUACAUGAGAACCUCUAUUUCAGGGAACUGGAAGGCUAACACAGGCUCUGCUAUGCUGGAGCAGAUUGCUAUGACAGACAGGUAUCGUCUGUGGGUGGACUCGUGUGCUGAGAUGUUUGGAGGUUUGGAUAUCUGCGCUGUGAAGGCCGUGCACGGUAAAGAUGGCAAGGAUUAUAUUAUAGAGGUGAUGGACAGCUCCAUGCCUCUGAUUGGAGAACAUGUGGAGGAAGACAGGCAGCUCAUCACUGAUCUGGUCCUCAGUAAAAUGGCCUUUGCCCUGCUUGGCAUCACCUCUCCACAGCCCUCCUCUGUUAAGACACAGCCCGCUCCACAAACAGCCCAGCCGAGGCGAGCUCAAGGAGGUCCUCGCUCAGCCUCUGGUUCUCCAUCUCAGUCUGCUCAUGGUUCUCCGCAGCGAGCCCGCUCAGCUACCACCUCACCCAGUCAGGCCUUCCAGCCUGGCCCUAUCCCAGCCUCCGGCUCUGCAGGAGCCUCUCAGAAACAAGCACCACUGCUCAACAAAUCACAGUCACUCACAAACACCUUCACGGAGACACUGAGGAGCAACCCCACAGAUGAUGAGGCCAAAGCCGAGACCAUCCGCAGCCUCCGCCAGUCCUUCGCCAGCCUCUUCUCCGACUAAUCCACGUACGUGCACACGCAGCGACCAGCACUUUUGGAAUGAUGAUGUUCUGAAGGUCAGUAGAUUCGGGGUGGAGCUUAAAGGAGAGGAAACAGACUGACCUUAUGACUGUGUACUGUAGGCUAAUGUUUAUGUCACUGUUAGGAUUAUGGUUAGUUGUUUUUUAACCUAUUUUUAAACUGAACCCCCUUAACCAGCCCUUUGAUUUAUGAGUCUGCAGACCCAGCAAUCAGAGCCUGUGUUAGUGGAUAUAAACUCAUUCCUCAGACAAUAUUCUAAUAUUUAACUUACCAUAACCAUAA